AUCUGAUCUAAACACACACACAGAGGGAAAUAUCACAGAAUCCUUGCUGCUUUUCAAGUGUUUCCACGAGCUGUAAAUGCGCGUCUCUUUGCCGAUUUCUUAUCUUGGGGCUGAGUGUUUUUGGGCACAUUUUUGUCGCACAAAGAUGGGACUCUUCCUCCUGACACAACCUCGUAAAUCAGCUCAACUCUGUGGACCCACAGUCACUCGGGUUACAGUCACACACGGCAUGUAAAACACUGGUCUGAAUUCACCCAGCAGAACACAGCAGCCACCUUCUCUCCAGCCCGGACCGUCCGCAGCUCCUCUCGGCGCACUGCGCUGACUCUGCAGAAGGAAAUCAUCGGGGGAGUGUAGGAAGGCGGUUUUUUUUUUAGCGUUUUUCUCAAGGUAGGACAAGCAGUUACAACGCAGCUUCUGGUUGUCAGCGAUCCCCACUGUCUCCUUUACUCUACACUUUACGCUUUGGGGAAAAGAAGAGGGGACAGAGUGUCGUGGUCGUGCGUUCCUCUCCGUGAGACCGACGCGUUUCCAAACGUCUUGACGCGCGUUUUUCUCAGUGAAGCGGUGACUGUCGGGAUAAAAAGAGAGACUGUUUUACCCGUGUUGUGCCUAAAAAAACUGUCAUAAACGGCGAUGAUACGUUUGUGAAAGGAACACCGAUCGUGAAUCACCUCAGACGGCGUGCAGCAUUGAAGAGGAGAAAGUUCCCCACUUGAGGGCGAAAUCAGACUUUUUUGAGGACGCCAAGUUUGAAAAGUGCCAGGAGCCCCGGGGUCUGUCAGAUACAACAUGCAGCAAUGUCCAAGGAGGCAGAGUUGGAUGUGAGAGGCAGUGAGUGCGACACAGUCCCACAAGAGCCCAGCACAGACCCAGAGCCGCCCAGGCCACCUCCAGCUAAGGCUAACGGACCCACCGGCACAGCUGGCGUUUGCACGAGCAUCCCCUCCAGUAGCCACAGUAGCAGCAGCAGCAGCAACACCAGCAGCAGCAGCAGAAGUGGUCUGGGUGGCAUUAGCAUCGUUAGCAGCAGCGCUGAGGGAGCAGGCGAAAGCUCCAUGCAGUUCAGCACCAGACCGCCUAGUGCUGAGCAGCCGGGCUUCAUGGGGACAUGGCAGCAGCAGAGCACUGACAGCAACCUCCUCUACAGAAUGUCCCAGCAGGCCAUUCGCUGCACACUGGUGAACUGCACAUGUGAGUGUUUCCAGCCAGGGAAGAUUCACCUACGAACAUGUGACCAGUGCAAACAUGGCUGGGUAGCUCACGCUCUGGACAAGCUCAGCACCCAGCACCUGUACCACCCGACCCAGGUGGAGAUCGUUCAGUCCAAUGUGGUGUUCGACAUCAGCAGCCUGAUGCUGUACGGCACCCAGGCCGUGCCAGUCAGGCUCAAGAUCCUGCUCGACCGCCUCUUCUCAGUGCUGAAGCAGGAGGAGGUGCUGCACAUCCUGCACGGCCUGGGCUGGACCCUCCGAGACUACGUCAGGGGCUACAUACUGCAGGAUGCUGCAGGCAAGGUGCUGGACCGCUGGACCAUCAUGUCCCGAGAAGAGGAGAUCAUCACCCUGCAGCAGUUCCUACGCUUUGGUGAGACCAAGUCUAUUGUGGAGCUGAUGGCCAUUCAGGAGAAGGAAGGUCAGGCAGUUACAGUUCCCUCCUCCAAGACAGACUCCGGAAUUAGGACAUUCAUUGAAAGCAACAACAGAACCCGCAGCCCGGGGCUUCUGACACAUCUGGAAAACAGUAGCCCAUCAAGCAUUCACCAUUUUGAAAACAUCCCCAACAGCUUAGCCUUCCUCCUGCCCUUCCAAUACAUCAACCCAGUUUCUGCUCCCAUGCUCGGCUUGCCCCCAAAUGGCCUGCCUAUGGAGCAGUCUGCUCUCCGGCUGCGGGAACCCAGUCUGCCAAACCAAGGUGAACAGGUAGACACCAGUGAGUCAGAGGUGUCCCUGUCACCCUUCCGUACAGGCCAGAGCCCUAGCCGUGGAGCCCUGGGAUCCAUGAACAACAUUGAACCCAAGACAGAGCCCAACAAUAGGGCAUCACCUAUCUCACCAACCCCUUCCACCCAGCAGGCUCAACAACAGCAGCAGCAGCAGUCACAGCUCCAGCAGCAGCAGCAGCAGGGCCAACAGCAGUCCCAAAAUCAACCUCAACAACCCAACAGUUUGAGUGACCACCAAGUCCACCACCACUUUGUAAAGGACGAGCAAUCUAAAUCCAUCACCCAUGCUUCCUUUUCCUCCAAGAUGCAUCGCAUGCGCAGAAUGGGAUCCACCUCACGCAAGGGUCGUGUUUGCUGCAACUCUUGUGGCAAAACCUUUUAUGAUAAAGGCACACUAAAGAUACAUUAUAAUGCUGUACACUUGAAGAUCAAACACCGUUGCACCAUUGAGGGUUGCAACAUGGUCUUCAGCUCACUACGCAGCCGCAACCGCCACAGUGCCAAUCCCAAUCCACGGUUGCACAUGCCCAUGCUGCGCAAUAACCGCGACAAGGACCUCAUCCGUUCAACCACUGGUACACCUGUCAUCUCAAGCACCAAGAAUGGUGGCUUCACACUCACCAGCCCUGGAAGGCCACCACUGGGCUUCACUACUCCACCUGUGGAUCCUAUGCUUCAGUCCCCCCUGCAAAGCCCACUGGUGUUCCCUUCCCUGAAGUCAGUUCAGCCUGUCCAGCCAGUGCCCCCAUUCUACCGCACACUACUGUCCCCUGCCGACCUUGUCAGUCCUCCAGUGUCACUGCCCACCAGCCCCAUCCUGCCCACAACCACCAACAGUACCACCCUGAUGGACCAACAACAGCAGCUCCUGGCUGCUGCAGCAGCGGCGUCACACAAUAAUGUUCAUAUGUCAGAGGUAGGACCCAUGUCCCACCGCAUACAAACACCUAGUGCCAAUCAUGACCUCAACACUGGCAGCAGUGACCCCACGCCCAAAAAGAAGCCUCGUAAAUCUAGCAUGCCAGUGAAGAUUGAGAAGGAAGUGAUUGAUGUGGCAGACGAAUAUGACGACAAAGAUGAUGACGAUGAUGACAUCCACCAUAAUCACCACCACCACUCAUCUCUUCUGCACAACAAUAUCAAAAUGAAUGGUAACUGUAACAGCAACAACAACGGCGGCAGUGGUAAUGGUAACCACAGUGGUGGUAGUGGGCAGCAAUCCCCUUCCCAGGAUGAGAUGAGCCCUGGCCUAGCUCUGAGAGGCAUGAUGAGACAGAGUGAAGAUGAAUGCCGGGAAGGUACUGGCAGUGAGAGCAGGGGUGGAAAUGAUCUUCAAGGCUCAGGCGAGCUUCGCUGUAUGGGCAGCUUCACCUCUGAGGAUCAGGACCAUGAGAGAGACUUUGAGAAUGAAUCAGAAACCUCUGAUUCAAAGAUGUUCUACAGAGAUGAGCUGAUAGAUGUGGAGGAACAGCAAAAACACAGCAGGGGUGGAAAGUGUCAGGACAAGGAACAGGAGGAUGAGGGUAGUGAGGAAGCCCAUUUGAGAAAGGAAAUGGAAAGCAAGGUUCAUUCCUCACCCUCCCCUCAUCAACCCCCUAUCAAGAUUAAGGAAGAACUCAACGAUCCUACCUACGACAUGUUCUGCAUGGGCCAGUAUGGCCUCUAUAAUGGAGGCAUGGCGGCAGCUGCUGCUGCUGCAAGCAUGGCUGCUCUGCAUGAGAGCUUCAUCUCUUCGAUGGGCUAUGGUGCCAGCCCACCCAAAUUCCCUUCUUCUCAAUCACCAGAAGGAGACCCAUGCUCAAGUCCUGACCCCAAGAUCUGCUAUGUGUGUAAGAAGAGCUUCAAGAGUUCCUAUAGCAUGAAACUGCACUACAAGAAUGUGCACCUCAAAGAGAUGCAUGUGUGCACUGUGGCUGGCUGCAACGCUGCCUUCCCUUCCCGGCGGAGCCGAGACAGGCACAGCUCCAACAUCAACCUGCACCGCAAACUGCUGACCAAAGAGCUGGACGACAUUGUCCUGGACCCCCAACUCCCGCCACUGCCCAAGGACCUGCGAGCCGAGUUACUGGCCAAGAUCUACGCCGGGCACCACAUGGGCUUGGACCCUAUGGCCGGGAUGGGCAUCGGAGGCGCCAGCCUCCGGCCCACUGGCCUGCACCACAAUGCCCGUUCCCCCAUGAGCAGUGAGUAUCCCCACCACCCUCUCAACCAUAACCUUAGAAACCACCACACCAACGGCUACUCCCGGGGCCAGCCCGACGACUACAUGGUGUUGGACCUGAGCACCACCUCCAGUGUUCAAUCCAGCAGCAGUGUCCACUCCUCACACGAGUCAGACGAGGGCAGCGAUGAAGGCAUCCUAUUGGAUGAUCUGGAGGAGGAGGAGGGAGAAGAGGAUGAGGAGGAGGGCAACAGUGAGGGGGAGGACUGCUCCCAGCAUGCCGAGGGGCGGGCUGAAGGAAGGGAUCGGGAAGAGACUGGAGAACUAAGAGGAGAAGGACAUGGUGAGGGUUUGGACCCGUCCUCCUCGCCAUUCCUCUUUUCGCCCACCGGGGGCAGUAACGGUGGCAGCAGUGGGAUCCUCUGCAGCAUCUGCCAUAAAAUGUACAGCAACAAAGGAACCCUGCGUGUGCACUACAAGACUGUGCACCUGCGCGAGAUGCACAAGUGCAAAAUCCCCGGUUGCAACAUGGUGUUCAGCUCUGUGCGCAGCCGUAACCGACACUCUCAGAACCCCAACCUCCAUAAAAACAUGCCCUUCUCUACAAUAAUAGACUAAAUAAUGACUUGCUACUCGACCCUGCUGUCAGUCGGCCCGCUCCUCCCUUCAUUCCUCAUCCUUAUUCCUCCUCAAAUUAGCUUUUAAUCCCAGCCCAGGGCCAUCAAAUACAAGCUAAAUGCCUGUAUGCCUCCUGCCCGUCCUCUGUAAGUCAUAGCAAGACAUUUCUAUCUCCCUCUAUAAAAUUCAUCGACUCUAAAUACAGUUUAUUAUUGUGACCUUUGACUUUUCCUUCUUUGGAAGAACAGGAUGGCGCUCUUGCGCAUGGAGUUUGCUUUAUAACAAAACUCCAGUUUUUUUUUUUUUCAUAAGCCCCUCCAUCUUUCCUUUCGGACUUCCCCCCACUUUGUUUUUAUGUCCGUCUCCAAAGAAUCUAUUCAGACUCUUAUUUGUGACUUUGCCUGCAGAAAUGAUAGUAUUGAGAAAAAAAAAGAAAAACCUUCUUGUUGUAUUUGUGUAAUGAUAGCUUUUAAAUGAACCCCUUACAAAAGCAUGACAGCUUCAUUUGUAAAUAAUGUCCCAAGAGGCUUUUGGUGUAAAAGAGUUGUGUUGAUGGUUGUUUGCUUCUUUUUUCUCUCUCGUUAUGGUUUUAUGUUACAGUCCAGUACAAUACUUCCAGCUAUAGGCAAGAAAGAGGUAGCAUCUUACUAGCUUGACUCAUUUAUGUUAGCUUCAAAGACACGUUUUAAACUGAGUCCUAGGAAAAAAAGAAUAUCAUGUGACUUGUUUUAUCUACUUGUUAGAUAUUCAGAGGUUGCCGGCAUGCUUUUUUAGGCUCCUACACUGAUAUCAUUCUCUGUAUUUCUAUUGGAUUUUUUUUGUCUGUUAUGUUUAUGAGCUUUAGUAUACCAAUUCAGUUUUUGCACUUUGCAUCUAUACAAGGGGAUGUGUAAUAUUAUUAUAAUGAGGACUUUUGCAAUGGUGAGUUUAGGUGUUGUUCGGGGUCAGCGAUGGCUACAGUGCCAAGGUAAUUGAUAAUACCUUCAACAUACUUGUGCCAGUUUCUUUUUGCACGUGCUCAGUUUCAAACAGUUUCACGACAGAAAACGUCUUUGCCUCCCUGAACAAAAACCUGAGAUCUUCCCCCAUCGCUACACAAUGUAUUCAGAAAGUGUCUCCAAAGUGUCUUGCCUCAAAACAAAUCCAAGUGUGACUGAAGAUAAACUGCUGUUUCACCAACACAAAAGGAGUUAAAUAUUGAUAAAGUCUCUCCUCCUCUUUUUGUUCAAUUUGUGUACGGUUGCCAGGUAUGAUCACAAUAAUUAAUUUAGAGGUUUAGUGCGGUGAUCUUUGUAAAGCAUGACAUUAUUGUGACAUUGUCAAACAAAGUUUGAUGCAAGAACUCAUGUUUGUUCUCACAAAAGGCAUCUUAAUGAAAUAUGGCUGCCCCGUAGAUUUGAGAAGAAAAAAAAAGAGAAAAAAGAUGAAAAUAGUCAUUCAACUGUGACCAAAACAAAAGUGUUUGCUUAAGAAGAGCUCUUUCAGUGUGACAGUGUGUACUUAAAUCAUGCCCCAUUGGAUUAAUAUGAUGCACUUGAGUCUUAAAACUUUUGCUGUGAUAUUUUCGGUAUCGGUUUCCAUUGCUGAGUGUCGGCUACAAAUGUACUCUAUGAAAAGAUGUUGCCAUUUUCCUGGCUGUUGUCUGCAGCCACUUUUAACAUGUCCAUGACUGUCUUACGGUACAAAUAUUUCCAGUAAGUGGGCAAAGUAGCCAAGGGAAGGGGUAUUUAUUGGUGGGUGAUGUAUCUUCAUGGAGAUGUUUUUGUCCAGUAUAAGAAUAUUUUUUGUAAAAAGACAAAAAAUAGAGAUUGUUCCUCAGUUUGACUUGUUUAUCAAUGUAUUAGCGAUGCCAUGUGUUACUAUACAAGGAGAUCUUCUCUUACUUGACUGGUGCUACACACAGAGGGAAAAAUAUGCAGUGUUAUGUGGUGUGCUGUACAGUAUUCCCAACACCUUACAUCCAUAACAGUGUUGAGUUCCAUUUGUUUCAUACUUAAGCCAUUUUGCAAUAUAGACAUGACCUAUUCCAGUGAAAUAUUGUAUGUCUUCUUUUUUUAAGACUCCACCUAUAUGACACAUGCAGUUCUCAGUCCUCUCUUCUCAAAGAUAAAGAGAGUGAGACAGAGAGCUGAGGCUGAUGGAAAGGUUGCGGAGGUGGAAGGCUGACUAGGGAGGAAAGGAUGACAGCAACGAUCAUUAAAAAUGUGCUGCUUCUCCGUUACCUGGAGGCGUCCCUGCCAUUCCAGCUUCUUCUGUCUAAUAACUCACUUGUCACUUCGUUACACUGCACAGAUUCCAAGGUUGCUGACAAGACUGUGACACUGACAGAGAGAGAAAAAGAAGGAAGGAGACUGUGUGCUCUCAACAAUUCAAUUUGACCCAUUCAAUUUAGCUCAAUUCAAUUCAUCUAUUCAUUCUCUAUGUGUGCUUAUUCUUAUUCAGGGUCGCUGAUAAUUCAAUUCAAGUCCUUUCUCUCAUUCUGGUUUUCUCUUUGUCUGUCAGAGCGCAGUCAUUUAACAACCGCCUUACCCAUUUCUUCAACCCGCCACUCACUUACCACCUCCACACCCCACAGCGCAGGUCCUACAGGGACACACACUAAUAGUGUAUGCUUAAGUUCACCGGACGGCCAUGGCAUAGGAAAAAGGGAUGGGUAAUUGCCUGUUUAUCCCAAGUGAAGGGAAAAUUGAGUACAGGAACCCCUGCCUUCUCCCAGGAGUGGGUUUCACUGAGGCGCUUGCUGCCUCAUUCACUCAUUCAAUCCCCCUGGCCCUCGCUCUGGCAGAAAUAAAAAAAAAAAGUGCUACUCCAGGAACCCUGCUGACAGCUGUCUCUCUCACACACAACCAUACAUACAAACACACACACACACACAAAGAGGAGAGUGGUGCACAUAUGCUUCCUACUUACAGGCCAGAAAGAUGACAAGAACUAGAUGACUUGUUAACCUCUAGUGAUGGAGGAGACAGGGGCAGAGAAAUGUAGAGCGUAUUCUCACCACAGGAAAUGAAACUCUCCAUCUAGCAUUAACGUUAUAGCUGCUGCCACUACACAGAAAGCUGAUAUUCCAUUAUGGAGAAUGGUGGAGGCUAGCACUGAGUCAGGCAUGGAAAGCUCUUAUUAUUAUUAUUUCAUUUUAAAUAUCCAACGGAUAAUAAAGAGGACACUGAUUAAUUAAACAAAAAUCUUACAAAAAGGCCGGCAAGCUCACAGAUUGAUUUGAACUCUCCAGAAAUGAGAAAGCUGUUCGAACCAAACAUAUCAAAUUUUAUAUAUAUGUUCUCUGCCCUAAUAACCUCAGCUUCUAUGCCCUUCUUGAUCUGAGAAAAACAAGUUUUCAGACUGUUUUUUCAGACCCUACCACUCUCUUUAUGUCCUGCUCCUUGCUGUCCAAUUCUCAAGCAGCAGCUGCAGUGCAUGACCUCUAUCUGUGUACUUGUGUGUGCCAGGCAGAAAACUGAAUAUCACAGAAGAGAUUCCCUCACAACACCCUUCUCCCACCUCCUACGGGCUCCUUUUGAGUCCUGCAUGGUGCUGGUCAUGCCAGCAGAGCUCAGAGCUGCAAGAGGCUUGAAACAGAGCCGUGAAAACAUGCAAACGACUGUCCAGCAUACACAGGGAGACAGACGGCAAGUGAGAGAGAAGGGAGAGAUGGUGGAAAGGGAUGGGGCUUAGAAGUGGUCUGGCUGGAGCCUCCCGGCAGUCACUUAACAAGGCAAGGGAGAAAGAGAGGAAACAGGGAGUCUGGAGAGCAAGAGAGCAGCAGGGCCAGGACUCCCCAGGAGUCAUCGCCAGCUUCUUCUAGAUUGCCUGCUAGAGAGCAAUUGAGCCACCCCUCACAUUUCCACCCCUUUCCCCCUGACACUCUCCUCUCCUCUGAGAAAUGACCACCAAUUUCCCCCCCUCUCCUCUGAGAAAGCCCCCAAUCCAAUCUUUGUCUUUCUUACUUCUACCAACCACAUGGGCCCAGGUGCAUUCUGCUACCUAGUGACCGGGCUGUGGAUCCGCAGGAACACGUCACUUAGAGCGCCUCAAUGGCCCAGACCACUGGAGUGAAUCUUUAAUAUUUGAUUAGAGGAGCGUCAGGCAUCAAUUAUUCUGUAAUUCUACAAAGCACGCAGAGGGGGAAGUGGAUGGCAAACGGCUGAAGCGGCUGACCUGUUAAUCACUGUCCAUUUUGUUCACGUCACACAGCGAGUGAGUGAGUACAAUAGGUGUGAGCGGAGAGGGCGAGAGGUGACACCACAUGCAAACUGUCCAGUUAAUGUAGCUCAUUGAACAAAGUGGGAUUCAAAUAUUUGAUGGGACAUCAUAAGAAAUAUGCAGAUAGAAGAAAAACACACGUAUUUGUACAGAUGCUUCAGUCUCAUGUGUUAUGUUCUAAAAGAAAUACCCUCGUUAAUUUGAACUGGAACCUGUGAAAUGUCAAGAAUGAAUUCAUAUAAUGUUUUCCAUUGUGCCAAUUAUAUUUUACAGUCUUAAAGUAUAAAUAAGCUUGAAGACCUGGUGAAUUUAGAUUUUUGUUUUCACUUGUGUUUUUGUGUAUCCAAUGCAUUUGUGUCUUUAGAAAGCCUGUGUUAUGGCACUGGCACUCGACAGCGUUGCAUGGCUACAUCGUCGCACUGCAAAGAACAAACAGAGCAGAGGAGCUUGCGUCACUUUGGUGUCAAAAUGGUGAUUUGGAAGCCUCAUGAAUACUGUAUGUCACCUAAACAGGUGUUUCCCAUUUGCAGACAGGAGGGGGAAAAAAGGUCCUCUUUUUAAAAAGACUCUUGUUUCUUUCUUUUCUUUCUUUUUUGCCUUUCUUGUAUUUGUUUCUGUAUCAUAACUGUCUAUGGUUUUUGCAUAAAAUGCAUAAGGGUUUUGGGAUGUAAAUGGAAUUUUAUUCAUAUUUUGUCCAAAUACCUCUUGUAAUUUGUAUCAGAAUUCUUGUACAAUUUUUAUAUUAAAGAUUUAUCAGUCA